UUGGGGUAUGAAAGCGAGGCCGAGCUGUCUCAGGUGAGUCCAGCCGGGUGAACAGGCGAGAGAGUCCCGUCAGACAUCCUCGUCAAACAUGGCCUCCGUUCUGCAGUCAGAUCACGAGAAACGCAAACAGAUCAGCGUCCGGGGGAUCGCCCAGGUCGAGAACGUCACCAACUUCAAGAAGUCGUUCAACCGGCACCUUCAUUUUACCUUGGUGAAGGAUCGAAAUGUGGCGACUCCCAGAGACUACUUCUUCGCCUUGGCUCACACGGUUCGCGAUAACCUUGUGGGUCGGUGGAUCCGAACCCAGCAGUAUUACUACGAGAAGGACCCCAAGCGUAUCUACUACCUAUCUCUGGAGUACUACAUGGGGCGAGCCCUCUGCAAUACCAUGAUCAACCUGGGCAUCCAGGGCGCCUGUGACGAGGCUAUGUAUCAGGUUGGCCUGGAUAUAGAAGAACUACAGGAGAUAGAGGAAGAUGCUGGGCUGGGCAAUGGUGGCUUGGGCAGGCUGGCUGCUUGUUUCCUGGACUCCAUGGCCACGCUUGGACUGGCCGCGUACGGUUACGGGAUCCGAUACGACUACGGAAUCUUCACCCAGAAAAUUCAGGAGGGUUGGCAGUUGGAGGAGCCGGACGAUUGGCUGCGGCACGGGAACCCCUGGGAGAAGGCGCGGCCGGAGUACAUGAUCCCCAUUCAUUUCUUUGGCAAGGUGGAGACUGAUGGCAACAAAAAACACAAAUGGGUCAACACGCAGAUGGUAUAUGCCAUGCCGUAUGACAGCCCCAUCCCAGGGUAUGGCAACAACACUGUCAACACCAUGAGACUGUGGUCUGCAAAGGCACCCAAGAACUUCGACCUCAAGUUCUUUAACGACGGCGAGUACAUCCAGGCUGUGUGCGACAGGAACUUGGCUGAGAACAUCUCCCGCGUGCUGUACCCCAAUGACAACAUGUUUGAAGGGAAGGAGCUGCGUCUGAAGCAGGAGUACUUCAUGGUGGCCGCUACGCUACAGGACAUCAUCCGGCGCUACAAGUCCUCCAAGUUCGGCUGCAGGGAUCCCGUCAGGACCAACUUUGAGGCUUUCCCCGAGAAGGAGGAUAUCUGUAGUCCCCUCCAACAGCUUCAUGAGAAGGUUGCCAUCCAGCUGAAUGACACCCACCCUGCCCUGGCCAUCCCUGAACUCAUGAGAAUCCUGGUGGAUAUAGAAGAGAUGCCAUGGGACAAGGCUCUUGAGAUCACUCAGCGAGCCUGUGCAUACACCAACCAUACGCUGCUGCCGGAGGCACUGGAACGGUGGCCGAUCCACAUGUUCGAGUACCUCCUGCCCCGCCAUCUCCAGAUCAUCUAUGACAUCAACGCCGGGCACAUGGAGAGAGUUGCCAAGAUGUGGCCGGGUGACUUUGAUCGCAUGAGGAGGAUGUCUAUAAUUGAGGAGGGUUCUGUGAAGAACAUCAACAUGGCCCACCUGUGUAUCGUGGGUUCUCACGCUGUCAAUGGGGUGGCAGCCAUCCACUCUGACCUGCUGCAGAAGGGCUUGUUUAAGGACUUCUUUGAGAUGGAUCCUCACAAGUUUCAGAACAAGACAAACGGCAUCACCCCUCGCCGCUGGCUGCUGCUGUGUAACCCUAACCUGGCCGAUCUCAUUGCAGAGAAACUUGGUGAGACGUGGGUGACCAAGCUGGAUGAACUGAGGGGACUGGAGAAGUUUGCUAACGACCAGAAGUUCCUGCUGUCUGUGGCCAAGGUCAAACAGGAGAACAAGAUGAAGUUUGUCCAGUAUCUGGAGUCCACCACGGGCAUGCGGAUCGACCCGUCCGCCAUGUUUGACGUGCAGGUGAAGAGAAUCCACGAGUACAAGCGGCAGCUGCUCAACAUCCUCCAUAUUGUUACCAUCUACAACCGCCUGAAGAAAAAACCUGACAUGGACUUUACUCCACGUGUUGUGAUGAUUGGCGGAAAGGCUGCACCAGGGUACCACAUGGCGAAACAGCUCAUCAAACUGUACAACAACGUCGGCCGUGUGGUGAACAAUGACAGAAUCGUCGGCGACAAGCUCAAGGUCGUGUUCCUGGAGAACUACAGGGUCUCUCUGGCCGAGAAGGUCAUCCCAGCAGCUGACCUGUCUGAACAGAUCUCCACUGCAGGGACAGAGGCUUCGGGAACCGGGAACAUGAAGUUCAUGCUGAAUGGUGCACUGACUAUCGGCACAUUGGAUGGAGCCAAUGUUGAGAUGGCUGAGGAGAUGGGGAGGGACAACAUCUUCAUCUUUGGCAUGACAGUGGAUGAAGUGGAUGAACUAGUCAAGAAAGGGUACAAGCCACGUGAGUAUUAUGAGAAGAAUGAAGAACUGAGGCAGGCGCUGGACAUGAUCCGCGGAGGAUUCUUCUCUCCAGAGAAACCCGAUCUCUUCCAUGAUGUGGUGGAUGCCCUGCUCAACCAUGACCGUUUCUGUCUCUUGGCUGACUAUGAAGCCUACAUCAAAUGCCAAGAUGAAGUCAGUGCUCUGUACAAGGAUCCAAUGGCAUGGACAAAGAAGUGCGUAAUGAACAUCGCAGCAUCGGGGAAGUUCUCCAGUGACAGAACGAUAGAGCAGUACGCCAGGGAAAUCUGGGGGGUGGAGCCGUCCGACUUCGUCAUCCCCCCGCCAUACGAGGAUCCCUCUCGAGGCAAGGAGGACGCUGCUAAAUAAGAAACCUAUUUUUCAACAGUACAAGAUUCAGUUGAAACAACUGUUACAGCAGAAACUAGUCGGAAAAUCCUGAAAUACAAUGUAGCAAGACUGCAGAAAUGUUGACUAUAUCACUGUCUUCUCAGCAACUAAAGUAAAGUUUAACCAUUUAUCAAGUGAUAAAGCGGACAUAUGCUAAUUAAGUCAGUGAAGACAUGAUAUCCCAAAUAUUCCUUGACAUAUUAUGUUAACUUGAUAGCCAUAAAUGAUGCAUGAGAUUUUAAUAAUUGUGAAUGGAUUUUUGUGUGUUAAGAAGGUAUAUUGUGUACAUGUUGACUUCUUUCCCCUUACAGUAUAACAGGGAAUUGUCAACUUUUUGUUUCCUCUCUGGCAGGGAUAUCCAACACACAUUCUUACGUUUUCAGUAUUGUCUAAGUGUGACAAGUAGAAUGGUGGACUUUGUUAGUCUAAAAUAAGAGAGAUGCACGUACAUGGUCUAUUUCAUACCCAUGACUUUAUUGUCAAUGAAUACUUGAAAGAUUUGAUAUAAUAUUAAACCGGCUUGCAAAUGUCUCAAAACAGAUUGUAAUGCGAGCUUGAUAGAUGGAUCCUUCUGGUUAUACUAGUACAAAUGUAGUUGGGAAUUGAAUAAGGUUGUUAAUGGCUUGUUUUGUGAGCAUGUCUGUACAAGCGCUGGAAUGGCAUGCUAUCAGAGAAUGUAGUUACAAAGCUUGUAGCUAUGUCUUGUUGACAUGGAAAAAAUGGAAUUUUGGUGCUUCUUAAAACAUGUUGCAAAGCAACUUUGCAAUUUUUGAAAAAUCUUAAGAAGAGAAUCUAAGAUAACUAAAAGAGGUAAUAAUUUGAGACCUGCGAAUUGAAGGAGCAUAUAGGUGGGAUGUUAUAACUCCAGUCAGAAUGCUUAAUGUACAUGUACCUUGUAUCACAAGAGAAGAGGGAUUUAUAGAUUGUAUGUUGUUACUGUCACUGAAUUCUGGCAAUGGGUGCUACAAUGACUGUAGUGAACUAGAUGUUGAUCUAGCAAUAAAACAAGAAAUUGA